AUGGGUACAGACAGGCAGGAAGAAAUCGAAUCGCCUUCGAUCGAGGACUUCCUCGACUGCGACCAGUUGGUCUCAGACUCGGAAGGCGACAGCUCCAGCAGCGCAGCCUCCCCCAGGAGGGCACUCCAACGCCUACAGAUCCACGUCGACAUGGCCAGCACCCAGUAUCUCGCGCCUGCGGCGCACCAUUCCGAGCAAGCCCAGAUUGACGGCUUGCCCAUCUGCUCCAGCGGCCCACAGACGGUUGCCUUCUCCUCCACGGACCUCGACCCCUACAGCGCAGUGUCUGGAGUUUCGUCAUUCAACUACCCAGCAGCUGCUGAUCCGAGUCUCCUUACGCCAGUGUCCAGCGCACCAAGCCCGCCUCUGCAGCAGAGGCAAGCGGCAAAGCGGAGCUAUCCCUCGGCCUCGCAAGCACCGACGCCGCCCAACUCGUCCAAGAUGUACUACGACGGUUACGGAAUCAGCUCUGGCCGCCAAAGUCCCUCUCCCAUGACGGUGAACCCGGCAGCCACCGAAGCCGGGCCAUUUGACGUGGCGCCGUACAUGGCUCACUCUCCCCCACUCAGCCACCACCCGUCUUCUCCCAGGAGUGACAUCCCGCCCCCGAUCGACCCGUAUCUCGGCCAUUUCACUGUCUCGGGCGCCAACGACGGUGAAGCAACACAACACACUCUCCACGAGUACCAUCCCUACAGCGUUAAUGUCACUUCACCAGGGCAAUACCUUGCCCAGCAGCAGCAGCAGCAGCACGUCCCGGUUGGCACACCGCACAUGCACCACCGCAUGCCCUCAAACGGGGGAGCAGCAACCGUGCUAGCUCAGUCGCAUCCGCCGCAAUUCAGGCCGCACUCAACCAUCGAGGAUCUGCGGGAUCCCUCCAUUCUCCUCGGAGGCUACGCGCCUCACGGAACUCUCAGCCCCGGCCGGAGACCGCCACCCCGAAAGAGACCGUCGCCGGCAAGGAAAGCUUCGCGGACAGCCAAGACGACACCGCACAUCGCUUCGGAGGCCAAUGGCCAGUUCAAGCAGGAUGGCGAGGUGGAGGAGCUCACCUUGAGGGACGAUGCGCCAGAGGACGACAAACUGCUUUUCCAGCUGCGGAAAAAGUACCUGUCGGAAAAGGGCAAGGGCAUGUGGGAAGAUAUGAAGACCGAGUACCAAAAGCUCGUUCAGGGCAAUUGGGAAAAAGCCGCGCUUCAGAUGAAGGUCACGCGUGCGGUCGCCAAGUAUGGCGUAUGGCCAGAGAAAGAGCUCGAGCGGCUAAAAGAAGCCUACCGCUACAUCGAGGAGAUGCGGUACCAGUUAAUCAUCUCGCACAUGAAGGAGAACGGCGGGUGUCGCGUGUGGGAUUGGAAGCCAGGGCACAUCGAGUUGAUGCUUGUCAAGCUCGGCCUGGAAGAGCCGACCAAGGAUGAGAAGACAGGGGCGAGACGGCGGAGGAAAGCGGCAGCACGGAGGAACGCGAGUCCGCCGCACGGCGCCCAGGCGGCCAUGGGAGAGUGGGGUCACGGCCUCGGGCUGCAGCACUCUGCCUUCCACGGCCACGCACAGUACGUUGCCGCCCAAGCCGCGGCGCGUCACGGCGGCCCGGUCGAUGUCCCGAUGGGCGACCACUUCGCCCCUCCACCCAGCCUGACGCCGGCGCAGGAGGAGCAGCUCGUCAACGAGGUCUUCAACAACGUCAAGUCGGAAAGAAGCCUCAGCCCGGACGAGAGCAUGGACGGGAUUUCGUUCGACAACAACAGCAGCAGCAGCAACAACCACACCAAUAACCCCGGCUCAAGGCGCCUUUCGGCAGCAGCGCCACACGAACUCAAUCACCAUGACGCCGAUCAUGUGGCACGGGAUGCGUGUCAGCAGAUGGUUAGCAGUUCAUACGGCCAGCAAUAA